GCCUUCCCCUCCGUCCCGCCCUUCCACUGCUGGGUAACUUUUGUUGCAAUACGGGUGUGACUUUUGCUGGUUUGAUGGAACUCCCCCUCCCAUUUAUGUCAUUACUUCUGUUCCUUUGAAUCAGAAUAAAAAGUGCAGCCAACUUCAGACUCAUUGACUGCAGGCUUAACAAGCGUCGAGACUUUUCUUCCUUCUGAGACUUGCAAGGAUAUCUGUUUUUGCAAACCAGUUCUGAGAAAACAAUGGCCAAUUUCUUCUUAUCGGCAACUUUUGGAUUAUGUUUGCUGAAGCUUUGUCUAACAGAAACACAAUUCAAUGUAAGUUGCAGAUAUGGAGGAGUUUUUCAUGUUGAGAAAAAUGGUCGCUACACUCUCACACGAUCUGAAGCAGUUGAACUCUGCAGAGCUCUCAAUAGUACUUUGUCAACACUAGAACAGUUGAAGAAAGCUCAUGAACUUGGAUUUGAAACUUGCAGGUAUGGUUUUGUAGUGGGGAAUAUUGUUAUUCCACGAAUCAAUCCCUAUCAUCUUUGUGCAGCAAAUCAUACUGGCAUUUAUAAACUUUCAGCAAACACAACUGGUCGGUACGAUGCAUACUGUUACAAUGCUACAGAAACAAGGGACAAAGCAUGUGAGCCAAUUGAAAGGCUAGAUACCUCUUUCCUCAAUCAUCAAGGUGAAAUAGUUAUUGACAAUGCAGAUGGCUCACGUUAUGAUGCAGAUGGCACACGUCAUAGCGGAGAGUCCUCAACCUCAGGAGCGGAUGAUGAAAAUGUAGGUAGUGGAUCAACACAUGACACAACUCCCAUGGAUACCUCUAUCAGGAGAUCCAGCCCCUCGUAUUACGCAAGUGCUAUUCCAGUCUCAGAGCUGCCAGGUCAUUCUUCUGGAGGGGAUGAAAAAGAAAUUCCUCGAAAAGAUUCUGAUGAUGAAAUUUCCCCUAUAUCACUUGACAUCUCUUUGGUGACGACAGCUGAUGAUUCCCGUGAAAAAGACAAUGGACAGUAUCCUGCAAGUACUAGAUCUACCUCCAGUAUAUAUGGUAAUCAAGGACCACACAAGGGACUUUAUGAAUCCACUGCUUUUCCUGGAGAGACCACCACAACAAAAAUAGUUCCACAAUCAAGGUCAGCCCAGGUACCAGAUUGGCUGAUCAUAGUUGCUGCUCUUGUGGCACUUGCAUUGAUUCUUGCAGUGUGCAUUGCUGUUAACAGUCGAAGAAGAUGUGGGCAGAAGAAAAAGCUGGUGAUUAACAACGGCAAAGGGGCAGUGGAAGACAGGAAGACAAGUGGAUUAAACGGAGGUGCCAGCAAAUCACAAGAAAUGGUGCACUUGGUUCAUAGAGAACAGUCAAGUGACCGAACAGGAGCAUGUGAUGAAUUCCUGACCACUGAUGAGACACAAAAUCAUCAGGAGCUUGACAUGAAGAGUGGAGUGUAAUAGUAUGAAGUUGCCAAGUAGAUCAGAACUGGAGAAAUCAAAAUCUCAUGGAACUUGGACAGCAAUUCACAAAUGCACUGUGCUACUGAUGUCUUUCGAACAUAAUUAAACUUAAGGUUUAUUCAUUUUUAAUAACUUUAAAAUGGUGUCUGAGUUAAAAAAAUAGCAUUUGCUUUUGGAAAUAUGCCCCAAGUGUUGCAUGUUUUCAGUUCCUACACAGAGGACACUCACUGUGUCUUCAUUGUUAGGAGGGAUACAAGCUUAUGUCAUUGUUCCAGAGGGAGGGUCUUCACCUGCCAGAGCUACAAAAGUAUCCAGCCACUCCAUCGUACGGGCAUUAAAGGUACUAAACUUGCCAUUGCACACAAGUAAGUAAGGCACAAAUGUCAAGGGCAAAAAUCAAAUUUAAACCAAAAAGGCCUUCUAUACAAUGUCUAAAACAUCAGAAUCCUCCAGAAAAUUCCUUCCAGCUAGGAAGAGUAGUAGGUGCAUUCAAAGGCUGCCAGUAUAAACAAGUGACAUUUUAUAAUGAUUUAUGGCUUGGUCUCCAAAGAGAGAAACCCAGAAGUGCAAAAAUUAUUUAUCUUUAUUUUUAAAUAUCUAUAGGCAUAUAGCAAGUCUUCCUGGGAGGGGGAAUAAAGAGAUGAAAACAUGAGCCUAUGCAUAAUAAACUUAUAUACUUUGUUAUCCUAAAAUCUGUAUAGUUAUUCUUGAAUUUGAGGUGUUCAUUGUUCUUCCCCCUCCCUCCUUCACUGGUCACAGUUUGUCCAUGUUUUUAAUGAGUCUGUUAGUUAGGAUAAUUAAUAAAACAGAAUGACCCCAGCUCUAUCACACAUGCACAAAUUGGAGGUCAUGAAGGAAGAUGACUAUUUUAUUUCAGAAGAAUAGGUCUCUGUCUUCUUCUGCUCCAUUUUACCUAGGAGAUGCUGAGCCUGGUAAAUCUCUUUUCCCAUAUAACUAUUAUGUUAAACCAGUUUGAUUAUAUUUAAAAGUCACCUUUCUGUGAUCUCUCUCACUUCCUCUGAAUUCUAUUUCAUCCACAUUUUUUUCUCUCCUUUCUAAAAAUACCAAAAGAAACUUUUCUUGCUUAUUGGUACCAGAAGUUCAAAUUCUACUGAAAAGAUCAGAGAAAAUUAAAGGAAACUUUUCCAGUCAUGUAAUAUAGUAAACUAGCUGCAGCUGCAUUGUUUUAUGCUUUUGUUUUGUCCUUAUGUGUCUGUUAUGUAAAGUGUUUUAUUAAGCUAUGAUGCUGUGCAUUGUAUUGAUGUGAACUGUCAGAAUGAAAAUUAUUUGCUACCAGUGAUCUGUGUAAUUUUUAAGAAAGCAUAUGGGAAUGGAAGGAGAAUGACAUCUUAUAACUGGACUGCCUUAAAAAAUUGCAAGUAAAACCAAUCUAAAGUAAUUGCAA